AUGACUGUCGAGUGUUAUUCAAGUUCAGCAGUAUUUUAUGGCUUUGGAGCCCACAUCUGGUAUGAAAAGACUGCUCAAGGUGGUGGUCAUCGGACACUCCUCUAUGGACACGCCAUAUUGCUACGCCAUUCCUACAGUGGCAUGUAUCUGUGCUGCUUGUCCACCUCCCGGUCUUCAACUGAUAAACUGGCCUUUGAUGUUGGCUUGCAAGAGGACACAACAGGGGAGGCUUGUUGGUGGACCAUUCACCCGGCCUCUAAGCAGCGAUCGGAAGGAGAAAAGGUUCGAGUUGGAGAUGACCUCAUCUUGGUCAGUGUAUCCUCUGAGAGGUACCUGCACCUGUCUUAUGGCAACGGCAGCUUACACGUGGAUGCUGCCUUCCAGCAGACUCUCUGGAGCGUGGCCCCCAUCAGCUCAGGAAGCGAAGCCGCCCAAGGGUAUCUAAUUGGUGGUGACGUCCUCAGGUUGCUGCAUGGACACAUGGAUGAAUGCCUCACUGUCCCUUCGGGAGAACACGGGGAAGAGCAGAGGAGAACUGUUCACUAUGAAGGUGGUGCUGUAUCUGUUCAUGCACGUUCCCUGUGGAGACUAGAGACACUAAGAGUUGCGUGGAGUGGAAGCCACAUAAGAUGGGGCCAACCUUUCCGACUACGCCAUGUCACAACAGGAAAAUACUUGAGUCUCAUGGAAGACAAAAGCCUUCUACUCAUGGACAAAGAAAAAGCUGAUGUAAAAUCAACUGCAUUUACCUUCCGAUCUUCCAAGGAAAAAUUGGAUGUAGGGGUGAGAAAAGAAGUCGAUGGCAUGGGGACAUCUGAAAUAAAAUACGGAGACUCAGUAUGCUAUAUACAACAUAUAAAUACAGGCCUGUGGCUUACUUACCAGUCUGUGGAUGUGAAAUCAGUGAGAAUGGGAUCCAUACAACGUAAGGCUAUUAUGCAUCAUGAAGGUCACAUGGAUGAUGGCUUAAAUUUAUCUAGAUCUCAGCAUGAGGAAUCACGGACUGCACGAGUCAUCCGGAGCACAGUCUUCCUUUUCAAUAGAUUUAUAAGGGGCCUUGAUGCACUCAGCAAAAAAGUGAAGGCUUCCACAGUGGACCUCCCUAUAGAAUCUGUGAGUCUAAGUCUGCAGGACCUGAUUGGCUACUUUCACCCCCCAGAUGAGCAUUUAGAGCAUGAAGACAAGCAGAACAGAUUACGAGCUCUAAAGAACCGGCAGAAUCUCUUCCAGGAAGAAGGAAUGAUCAACCUCGUGCUCGAGUGUAUAGACAGGCUGCAUGUAUACAGCAGCGCGGCGCACUUUGCUGACGUCGCUGGGAGAGAAGCUGGCGAGUCCUGGAAGUCGAUUCUGAAUUCUCUCUAUGAGUUGCUAGCGGCUCUAAUUAGAGGAAAUCGUAAAAACUGUGCUCAAUUUUCUGGCUCCCUUGACUGGUUGAUCAGCCGAUUGGAAAGACUGGAAGCUUCUUCUGGUAUUCUUGAAGUUUUACACUGUGUGCUAGUAGAAAGUCCAGAAGCUCUAAAUAUUAUUAAGGAAGGACACAUUAAAUCCAUAAUCUCACUUUUAGACAAGCAUGGAAGAAACCAUAAGGUUCUCGACGUCUUAUGCUCUCUCUGUGUCUGCCAUGGAGUCGCAGUCCGUUCUAACCAGCAUCUCAUCUGUGACAACCUGCUGCCAGGAAGAGACCUACUAUUACAGACACGUCUUGUGAACCAUGUCAGCAGCAUGAGACCCAAUAUUUUUCUGGGCGUCAGCGAAGGGUCGGCUCAGUAUAAGAAGUGGUACUAUGAGCUGAUGGUGGACCACACGGAGCCGUUCGUGACCGCUGAAGCCACCCACCUGCGGGUGGGCUGGGCUUCCACCGAAGGGUACUCUCCCUACCCGGGAGGCGGUGAGGAGUGGGGUGGAAACGGAGUUGGAGACGAUCUCUUUUCCUACGGAUUCGAUGGCCUUCAUCUCUGGUCAGGCUGUAUUGCUCGUACUGUAAGCUCACCAAACCAGCAUCUGCUGAGAACUGAUGACGUCAUCAGUUGCUGUCUAGAUCUGAGUGCCCCGAGCAUCUCGUUCCGAAUUAACGGACAACCUGUUCAAGGAAUGUUUGAGAAUUUCAACAUUGAUGGCCUCUUCUUUCCAGUUGUUAGUUUCUCUGCAGGAAUAAAGGUACGCUUUCUGCUCGGGGGGAGACACGGGGAAUUUAAAUUCCUCCCGCCACCUGGGUAUGCUCCUUGUUACGAAGCUGUUCUGCCAAAAGAAAAGUUGAAAGUGGAGCACAGUCGAGAGUACAAGCAAGAAAGAACGUACACACGAGACCUCCUGGGCCCCACGGUCUCCCUGACGCAGGCCGCCUUCACGCCGAUCCCCGUGGAUACCAGCCAGAUCGUGUUACCUCCUCACCUAGAGAGAAUAAGAGAAAAACUGGCCGAGAAUAUCCAUGAACUCUGGGUUAUGAAUAAAAUUGAACUUGGCUGGCAGUACGGUCCGGUUAGAGAUGACAAUAAGAGACAACACCCAUGUCUGGUGGAAUUCUCCAAGCUGCCUGAACAGGAACGCAAUUACAACUUACAGAUGUCGCUUGAGACCCUGAAGACUUUGCUGGCAUUAGGAUGUCAUGUGGGUAUAUCAGAUGAACAUGCUGAAGAAAAGGUGAAAAAAAUGAAGCUGCCCAAGAAUUACCAGCUGACAAGUGGGUAUAAGCCUGCCCCAAUGGACCUGAGCUUCAUCAAGCUCACCCCAUCUCAGGAAGCGAUGGUGGACAAGUUGGCAGAAAAUGCUCAUAAUGUGUGGGCCCGGGAUCGAAUCCGGCAGGGCUGGACUUACGGCAUCCAACAGGAUGUAAAGAACAGAAGAAACCCUCGCCUGGUUCCCUACGCCCUUCUAGAUGACCGCACCAAGAAAUCCAAUAAGGACAGCCUCCGUGAGGCCGUGCGCACGUUGCUGGGAUAUGGCUACAACCUGGAGGCGCCAGAUCAGGAUCAUGCUGCCAGAGCGGAAGUGUGUAGUGGCACCGGGGAGCGGUUCCGAAUCUUCCGUGCUGAGAAGACCUACGCUGUCAAGGCAGGAAGGUGGUAUUUUGAAUUCGAGACGGUCACUGCGGGCGACAUGAGAGUUGGCUGGAGCAGGCCAGGUUGUCAACCUGAUCAAGAGCUUGGCUCCGACGAACGUGCCUUUGCUUUUGAUGGCUUCAAGGCUCAGCGGUGGCACCAGGGUAAUGAGCACUAUGGGCGCUCUUGGCAAGCGGGCGAUGUGGUGGGGUGCAUGGUUGACAUGACAGAGCACACCAUGAUGUUCACGCUGAAUGGCGAAAUCCUUCUUGAUGAUUCGGGCUCAGAACUGGCAUUCAAGGACUUUGAUGUUGGUGAUGGAUUCAUUCCUGUCUGUAGCCUUGGAGUGGCUCAAGUGGGCAGGAUGAACUUUGGAAAGGAUGUCAGCACCUUGAAAUAUUUCACCAUUUGUGGCUUACAAGAGGGCUAUGAGCCGUUUGCUGUUAACACAAACAGGGAUAUUACCAUGUGGCUAAGCAAGAGGCUUCCUCAGUUUCUCCAGGUCCCAUCAAAUCAUGAGCAUAUCGAGGUGACCAGAAUAGACGGCACCAUAGACAGUUCUCCGUGUUUGAAGGUGACUCAGAAAUCCUUCGGUUCUCAGAAGAGCAGCACCGAUAUCAUGUUCUAUCGUCUGAGCAUGCCUAUCGAGUGCGCAGAAGUCUUCUCCAAGACGGUGGCAGGAGGACUCCCAGGCGCCGGCCUCUUUGGGCCCAAGAAUGAUCUUGAGGACUAUGAUGCAGAUUCUGACUUUGAGGUUCUAAUGAAGACUGCUCAUGGCCAUCUGGUGCCAGAUCGAGUUGACAAAGACAAGGAAGCCACAAAACCAGAAUUUAAUAACCACAAAGAUUAUGCUCAGGAAAAGCCCUCUCGUCUGAAACAAAGAUUUUUGCUUAGAAGAACAAAGCCAGAUUACAGCACGAGCCAUUCUGCAAGACUCACUGAAGAUGUCCUUGCAGAUGAUCGGGAUGAUUACGAUUAUUUGAUGCAAACAUCCACGUACUAUUACUCAGUGAGAAUCUUUCCCGGCCAAGAACCUACUAAUGUCUGGGUAGGCUGGAUUACAUCAGAUUUCCAUCAAUAUGAUACAGGCUUUGACUUGGACAGAGUCCGUACAGUAACCGUUACUCUAGGAGACGAAAAGGGAAAAGUGCAUGAAAGCAUCAAACGCAGCAACUGCUAUAUGGUGUGUGCGGGUGAGAGCAUGAGCCCCGGGCAAGGACGCAACAACAAUGGCCUGGAGAUCGGGUGUGUGGUGGACGCCGCCAGUGGGCUGCUCACAUUCACCGCCAACGGCAAGGAGCUGGGCACGUACUACCAGGUGGAGCCAAGUACAAAAUUAUUUCCUGCAGUGUUUGCACAAGCUACAAGUCCCAAUGUUUUCCAGUUUGAGUUGGGAAGAAUAAAG